UUAGUGCAUAUAAUUAUGGUGUUUCAUAAGUAUUAACAAUAACUCGCUUAUUUAACACAGGUUUGGGAUUUUAAUGAGGUCGGCAAUUUUAAACACUUUUUCGUAAAUUAAAAAGAAGCUAAUACGCAAGACGUCUAAAGUGAACUAUUAGAUUGGUGCCAAGUGAACAACAUAGUGGGGUCAAUAAUGUAUGCCUCAAUGUGUUUUAUGAGUAUCAUCGCAAUUCUCAUGAUUGACGUGAGAACUGGAGCUCUUCUACAGAAAGAUACGGGAGCAAGACAAUGUUACCAGUGUCCGCACAACCAGAGCGCCUGCCAGUCGGAGCGGCGGCUGCAAGCGCCAUGUCCCGCGCGCGGACUCCAUUGCGCCACCGUCGCCAAGGCACCAGAUUUUAUGUCUACACUGACCUGCGCCUCAAGUGCCGCUCGCCCGUGCACGCUGACCCAGACCCAGCAGACCCUCCUGCUUACUUGCACGUGCGCCGGCCACCGCUGCAACUCGCCCUUCACUGACCAACUAAGGAAUAAGCUCCAUAACUUUACUUUAACCAUGAGAAACUUCAAUAAGACGAGUCUUGAUCUUACAGAUAAGUUUUUACAAUCUUUUGGCAACGUGUCCUGGAACAAAUUGUAUGAGACAAUUACGGUAAAAUCAGUCCAAGACAAGCGAAAUAAUACGACGACACCUGUUUAUACAACAACUACAUUGAAACCAAACCUGGAUGGUAGUUUGAAUGACAUAAACGCUCCUAGGGCGGAAGCUUUGAAACACGAGGCUACAGAACCCUCGGACGACGAGGAAGAUGAGAGCGAGGGCAGCGGCGCCUACGAGGACAGCCGGCUGCGACGGCCGGCCGCCGCGCCCGCGGCGCCCAGCUCCUACCUGCCCGCUAACGAAAAUAACGCUCCACCUUUCUUUGCAAAUUUUAUAUUAAUCACGACAAUUUUGUUAGUUAUGCUGUAAAAGACGCAGUAUUUAAAAUAUGCGUAUAUAUUAAGGUAUCAUCACUUUCGUUGGUAAAGGGUAAAGGAUAAAAAUUGUGGUUAGAAAGACAAUUAUUUGAGUUAAUUACGAAACCUGAAGGGGAACAAAACAUUGUAGUUUAAUGAUCGAAUGUGUACCUACUUAAGAUUGAAAGGAAUAAACGUUAUGAAUCAGUAAGAUACAAGUCCCCAAGGAAAAAUCGUUUUCAUUCAGGAACCUAAUAGGUACUUAUGGCGAAAAUAAAACAGAAAUAGCUCGCGGUAAGUCAUUAAAAGCAUGUCAGAUAAAGUCAGAUUUAUUUGAACAUUAAACAACGUCUGUAAAAAUGUGAGAGCUAAAAGCAUUUUGCAUCAAAUACAUUUUGCAUCUCGGACGAAAAGGCGUCAGUUUGUCCGAGGCGGGGAAUCGAUAAUAUGAAUGCACCAGAUGCAAGUUGUAGUUAAAGCUCAAUGUCUAUAAGGCAAAGCGUAAUAUUGUACACGUUGAAAAUAUAGAUAAUAUCCGAGCUUAAGAAGAUGUAAUUAAUGACAAUUAAUAAGUUGAGAAAUAAUUACUCACCUGAAAUUAGUAUUACCUUUAGUGUUUAACUCUGAAAACAUUUUAUGGAAUUGCCUGACUAAUUAGGCUCAAAACGUGGCGUGUUCAUAAACCCAAUUAAGACUGGUCCUCAUUCUCUGCCAAACGCUUUAGAUCAUAGUUUUAAUAUACCUACUUGUUUAGUAAAGUUAACAACUUUGCACGUUAAUGUACAUCAUCACAGUGUCAUGUAACUAAGUACCUACACUUCAGUUAGCUGCUGUAUUAGUUAUUGUAUUUAAUAGAUGUCAUGCAAUGAGUUUCUCAAUUAUAAUUAUGUUAAAACUUUCUUUAUGUAAUAAAUAUUCGAAAAUAUAGAAAUUGUAUUCGGUCUUGUAAGCAGUAUAAGUAAAACAGGUCAAGAACUGGUUAGGUGUGCCCUCGCGUUUCAGUUGGUUCGUCUUGGCGGGGGCGCUACCGUGCCCCCAGAUUUUAACUUCACAUAUCCGAUUGCAUGUGAAAGUAUAUUAGAGCCACAUCUAAAAAUAAUUUACUUAUGACUAAAUUCUUACCUACUAAACAAACCUACUACCGUUAAAGUCGUAUAUAUGUAAUUUGUCAAAAAGUCCAAAGAAUACUUACUUGCGACGAUUGCGGUUACAAUAUUUCUUUUUUUUAACUAUCCAUGUAGAUUAUCUAUUAAUUCGUGUCGUUACAACCUGAGCUUUUGUACCUCCAAAUAAAAUAUAAUUAAAUUUAGGUAAUACGUAUUUUAUUUUAAAAGUAAAAUUGCGCAUUUAGUGAAUUAAUUAGAGAGUAAGUUGAGUCGAACAACGUAGAAAAUGUGAGGAAAUGUUUGUAAUUUCUACAUCGAGAUAUAGGUAUAUUACAAUCAAGUCUUCUAGUAUCUUCGCUAUUUAUUGUUUUAGAUUAUUAGAGUCAAUUAAAUCACCUUUAUACGAUUUACCAUCCAUGGCAUUGUUUUAUCUUAAUACUAUGUUGUGAUUCAGGAAAUUUGCGAUUAAAAUUCAUA